AUGAGUUCCUCCAAGCCUUCGCCGCAGGCUCAGAUCUUCCCUGGAAAAGGGCUGGGUUUUAUAAGCAUGUUGACUCUUGGAGCCUCCCUUCACAAUGUCCUAAGCCGCGUCAAGGCCCAUCCCCAGAUAUACCCCGCUAUUGAUAUUGCAUAUUCCUCGUCGGAGCCCCUUCACAAACCGGUAACCUUGCAGCUUCCAUCAAGCGGCCUUCGUCUGCGGUUCGACGGACCCGACCAGCGGCUUCGUUUAAUCGAAGUCCUGGAUUUCUCCAAGAUUACACUUGUCUAUAAGAAUCAGGAGGUGCUGAAAGGCGCAAAACCACAGGAGCAGUCUGUGACGCAGCAGGGUCCCAACUUUCGCCAUGUCUACAAUCGUCUCUUCGGGCCUUCCUAUCCUGGGGAGUACAUUCCUCCAGAUAGCCCUCAGUCACCAUAUGGCACGUAUGUGCUAUCGUACCCUGGAGUCGCAUUCUCUUUUCCGCUCCAGAACUCAGCAUGGUCCGACCAGUGUGACUUUGUAGCAUUGCUUUCCUCGUCCGCGGCCUUACCAGCAACAUCUAUGGCCAUUUUCCAAGGCCCCUCUUGGCCCGAAUCUCGGAACAAACUGUUUACCCAGCAGCCGCAGUUUCCGCGCUCGCCCGCUUUGGCAAGUAAGAGCAGGGAAUCGAUUGCGGACGAGAUCGAGGAAUUUCUCAUCUUUGGCGCCGGCAAGAUCGAAGUAGUCCGGAGAUCGACACCAUCUGCACAGAUCACGUUGUCCGAAACCACUCCGCAGGACCUAGUUGCUGAGUUCGGGCCCCCGGAUGCCAUCUACCGUAAACAUGACCGGAGAAUAGCCAUCCAUCGCGCCGCUGGCCGUAGCGGUGGAGAGGACCCUCUUCAUAUGGGGCCAUCUCCAGGUAGAGGGAUAGAUGUUACUGACAUCGAUCAAUCUUCAACUAACAGUGUCACUGAUGACUCAGAUGACGAACUCUUCCAGCCGAACGCACUGGACCCUUCGUCGCUACCAACCGAGUGCUUUUUCAACUACUUCCAUCACGGCUUCGAUGCGUUCAUCUCCUAUCCGACCACGCCUGGCCCUGCCUUUCCGGGUUCUGAUCAGAAAGAUCCUACCCCACCGUCGCCUUCGUCGCAGCUGGUGGUCACCAAAAUUAUUUUGCAUGGGAAUGUGCCGGGCUCUUAUCCUUUCAAUCGUCACCGCCGCAGCCGCUGGAAGAUGAUCUUCAGCCCACCCGAUGAUAUUGUUACUUCGGAGACUCGCUAUGAAGAGGUCUCGGAGCGCCUCAGGUCAGUUUGGAAGGGGUCUUAUGCGAGUGCGGCGGAAGAGCGGGCUCUGCAACGGCCCAUGGUUUUGAACCGAGGGUGGGGCGACAGCCCAGAGAGCAGCGUCGAGUUCCUCGGCGGAUGGGAAGAGAGCACGGGCAAAGGACAGCGAGCGGGCCAUGACGCCCAAGAUGGCGGGCUAGGUAACACGGAGCUUUUCGGAUUCCCCGGUCUGCUGUUUGAAGUGAUGAAGAAUGGCGCGCGUCCAGAAUUGGAGACGCUUUUCGGUAUGCCGGACCUGCCACGGACGCUCGCUCGGUCCUGGUCGUCGACGCUCAAGCUCCCCAAAUCGACGUUUCCCGCACGCGUGACGCCGGCCGAUCAGACAAAAUACCUGCAGCGAUGCACCGACGACCUUUACGCCUGGCAACAACAUCAGAGACCGGCCAACCGACCAUUCGUUCUACAUGAUGGACCACCAUACGCAAACGGCGACCUUCACGUCGGUCACGCCCUCAACAAAGUCUUGAAGGAUAUUAUCUGCCGUGUCCAGCUGGGCUUGGGAAAGAGGGUCCGAUACGUACCUGGAUGGGAUUGCCAUGGCUUGCCCAUUGAGCUUAAGGCUCUCGAAGCGCAGAAGGAACUACAACAGGAAAAUGGACCCGUCAGCGCGGCGUUGGUACGGAAGGCUGCACGGAAACUGGCUGAGCGGACCGUCAAGGCGCAGAUGAAAGGAUUCCGGAGCUUUGCGGUCAUGGCCGAUUGGGAAAACCAUUGGAAAACACUGGACAAGGCCUUCGAGAAGAGACAGCUUGGUGUCUUUCGGGAAAUGGUCGAGAGAGGAUUGAUCUAUCGGAGAUUCAAACCGGUUUACUGGUCACCGUCCACCGGCACCGCGCUGGCGGAGGCGGAGCUAGAAUACAAGGAGGAUCAUGUUUCAACGGCUGCCUUGGUGAAAUACCCUCUGGUCAGCAUCCCGGAACACCUGGCACAGGACCCUUUGCUCAAGGAUAAGGAAAUCAGCGCUGUCAUCUGGACUACUACUCCCUGGACACUCCCGGCGAACGCCGCCAUCUCGAUCCACCCGUCUUUGGAAUACGCGAUCGUCGACUCGGAUACGCAGGGCUAUCUUCUCAUCGCGCAAUCUCGACUGGAAUAUCUUGAGGCUAUUCUGAAGGAGGACCUGUCCGUCAUUGUGCCGGCUAUCCCUGGCUCGGAAUUGGCUGGUCACACCAGGUACCGACCUCUGUUCAAGGGACCCGAUGCGGAGCCGCAACCUAUCAUUGCUGCGGAUUUCGUCACGGCUGAUUCUGGAUCGGGACUUGUUCAUUGCGCGCCAGGUCAUGGUAUGGAGGACUACGAGGCUUGUCUGGCUUUAGGAAUACCCGCUUUUGCUCCUGUGGACGACCACGGCAGAUUCACCGACAAGGCUAUGCCCAGUGACCCGAAGACGCUCAGUGGAAAGAGCGUCUUGGGUGGUGGCAAUGCCGCCGUUCUCGAAUAUGUCGAAUCGCAAGGCCAGUUGAUUACCAAGCACCGUUACGAACACAAGUACCCUUACGACUGGCGGUCGAAGCUUCCCAUCAUCAUCCGGGCUACAGAGCAGUGGUUCGCCGAUGUGGCCGACAUCCGUAGCAGCGCCAUGACCGCGCUGGAGGAAGUCAACUUUGUGCCGGCCACCGGGAGACAGAGACUGGAGAAUUUCGUCAAGAACCGUAGUGAAUGGUGUAUUUCCCGCCAACGCGCCUGGGGUGUCCCUAUCCCCGCGCUCUACCAUCGGGGCACAGGCGAUGCUUUGCUUACCAAGGACAGCGUGUCGCAUAUCAUGAAUGUGAUCGAGGAGCGCGGCAUUGAUGCCUGGUGGACGGACGAGGCCAACGAUCCGGCUUGGGUUCCCCCAUCUCUGCGAGAUGCAUCUGGCCCUGGUUACAGACGAGGAACCGACACCAUGGAUGUGUGGUUUGACAGCGGCACCAGCUGGACCGAGAUUGACAUCCCUUACCGUGACGGUGAAUCUCCUGCCGACGUCUACCUCGAGGGCACGGAUCAACAUCGGGGAUGGUUUCAGUCUGGGCUUCUGACUUUCGUCGCCCACCAGCUUGCCUCCGGACAGACCAGUUCCCCUCGCGCGCCAUUCAAGAACCUUAUCACCCAUGGGUUCACUCUGGAUGAAGAAGGUCGCAAGAUGAGCAAAUCGAUCGGUAAUGUGAUGAGCCCCCAAUCGAUCAUGGAUGGGACCCUCUUGCCGCCUCUCAAGCCGAGAAAGGGCAAGGGAAAGAAGCAAGCAGAAAACCAGGCCCCCGUCUACGAUGCGCUCGGCCCGGACGCUCUCCGGAUGUGGGUUGCAAGCAGUGACUACACGCGGGAUGUUGUGAUUGGGAAACAGGUACUUCAGACUGUCAAUACCAGCCUGCACAAGUACCGUGUGACCUUUAAGCUGUUGCUGGGUGCCUUGUCGGACUUCCAGCCCCAGGAUUGUCUUGCAUAUGAUCAGCUUCAGCAAGUCGAUCGCAUCGCACUGAAACAUCUGUCCGAGACGGUUUUGGCCUGUCAGAAGGCGUGCGAGAACUUUGAGUUCUACAAGGCUGUGAAUGCGAUCAACCGCUGGGCCAACCUUGAGUUUUCUGCCUUCUACAUGGAGGCCAUCAAGGAUCGUCUCUACACCUAUGCGGAGAACAGCACGAGCAGACGUGCUGCACAGACAACGUUGUUCCACAUCUACCACCACCUGCAGGAGGUGCUGGCUCCGAUCACUCCCAUGCUGGUGGAGGAGACUUGGGAGCACACCCCCGAGGCCAUCAAGGCGCACUGCGAGCAUCCUCUCAGACGUAUUGUUUCUGCGCCUGCCUCCGAAUGGCAGGAUCCGAAUCUGGAGGCAGACUACCAGGAUAUUGUAGCCGUCAACUCGGUUGUGAAGACGAUCCAGGAAAAGGCCCGGGGUCAGAAGCAGAUGGGCUCUUCCCUGCAGUCGUUCGUGCACAUCGUUCUUCCUGAGGGCGCUACGCCGGAAAUGGUCUUCCAGCGCAACCUCUCGGAGCUCCCUGAUGUAUUUGUGGUCUCGUCCGUCAGCCUCGGGGCGCACGAGGAGCCAAUCCCGGAAGCCAUCAGCACUGCGGAGUGGAAGUACAGCGAGGAGUACGAGCUGCCGAACGGAGGGAAAGGCACGUGUCCGCGCUGCUGGCGGUAUGUUGUGCCCGAGGCAGAGGCCACGGAAGAAGCCCUGGAUGCUUCAUCCUGACUGGACCCUGCCUUGGUCGCAUUGAAGCGUACACGCUAGUGCUGCAUGUAUAUUAUAAUAGUAACAAGAGUCACCCGUUAGUAUAUG